AUUUCGUAUUCGCAUCAGUUCACACGCACUGACAUGAUGACAAGCAACUGUUUUUAUUGUCGAAAUGAUAAUGUGAAAUUGUGAAGAUAUCGAGACGCGUUUUCGCGUGAACGAAAUUAUAUAUUGUUGGUUAUGUGAAUCCGAAAUUAAUUCCGUUUACGCACAAAGUGGCGGAUACGAUGGGACAAGGAACAGAAUCGUGUACCGACAGACCUACCGAAGUUAGUGUUAUUAGAUUUGUAUCUAGAAAUCAUACGAUCGAAGAAAUCGCACCGAAAAAGGAAGUAUACACAUGCAAACAACGGGGCUGUGGAAAAAUAUUCACCAACCAAGACGAAUACAAAACACAUGAAGCACUUGAAGCUUUAAAAAUUAGAUUUAUCUGUCGUGAACCAGGAUGCGGAGAGGAAUUGUCUGACCCUGGUAGUAUGUGGCGUCAUUAUCAAGAAUGGCACAACAGUGAAACAAAUGUUUUCGCUUGUCCUUAUACAAAUUGUGGUUCUGUACACACAACUAGUUGUAAUCUUGAAGAACACAUAGAAAGUUGCCAUCGUCAACCACCAACACUGCCAACUGAACCAGAAAUAAUAUGUUUUGAGGGGCCUGAUAAUGCAAUAGAGGAAGAUACCACACAAAAUAGUGAAGAUAGCAGUUAUGAUAAAAAAAGAAAUGACAAUUUUGCUUUAAGUGUGACAGAUUAUAAUAAUAAAGGAGAUGGUUUUAAUAGGCUUAAUGGUACAAUCUCACAAACGAAAGAUUUUUGUCAUGAUCAGAAUAAUGUUACUGCCAGUUCAAAGAGUGAAGAAUAUCCUACAAAUAAUGACUGUUUAAAUAGAGCUAAUAAAUUUCCAAAGAAUAAGGAUUUACUUAUAACAAAAGAGAAUUUUUUAAUCAAAUACGAUACUGCCUCUUCGAAAACUGGAGAAAUAAUACCAAUUGAAAAUUCUCAAGAAAAGAAUAAUGUAGUUUACAUUAAUGGAGAUGUCACUAUCACAAAAAAUAUUAAAGGAGAAGCAAACAAUUUAAAUUUACAAAAUCAAGAACAUAGAAUAGAUCUGGGAAAUUUAGAGAGAGUAUUUAGGAGUGGAUUGGAACAAGAAAAUUCAAAAAUAGAAGAUAGCACUAUUGAAACUAAUAGCAAUUGUUCAGAUGAUGAGGAAUAUAUGCCAAAGAAACAACGUAUGUCUCGAUAUAAACAAGAAAUAUAUAAAUGCGAUAUAAAUGGUUGUGGGAAAAAGUACAAAUACAUAUCGCAUUAUCGUCAUCAUCAAGACAGUCAUAAAUUAGUAACUAACUCAAUUAGCACAAAUACUAAUAAGUGUAUUACAAAAGUAAAACAACAAGGAAGGGCUUCCACCAUUAGCUUUUUCCUAUGCAAGAUGCCUGGUUGUGGUGUACAAGUAAAUAAUGUAACUGGCCUAUGGCAGCAUUAUCAGGACAAUCAUGCCAAUACAAAACCUCCAUUGGUACAAGCUGCUAAAAAUAAUGAAGUAUUUCGAUGCAAAAUUCCUGGAUGCGAAAUAGAAUUUAGUACAACGUUAAUGUUAUAUAAGCAUUUUAACGAAGUUCACUCUAACAGUUCCAUCAACAAUGCUAAUUUAAAUGCAAAGACUGGUAAUGGGAAUAGUUUUCAUUUUGCAGAAGUAUUUCAAGAUGAUGCUAAAACCCAACAAGGAAACUUUAAGACUGACUUUAAAGCCAAGACUAAUAUUACUUCUAAUGACUAUAUAGAAGGUGGAAAUGAUCACACAUUGUCACCUAUAGUUAAAGAAGAGUCCCGAGAUUGACUCUAGUUAAACUAAAAUCUUAAAUCGUGACAUUAUAAAUUUACCAAAUUCAUUACAUUUUACAGAGGAUAGUAAUAUUCUCAUCAUUGUGAAAAUAAAAUCAUUUGUAUCAUUCGUAGAUGCAAUAUUCAACUCGUCAUUAUUAAUUGGUCUGCUACAUUUUAAUAUAAUACCAAAGUAUAUUAUGAUCUCUGUAAAAUAUUUUGAAUGUGAUAACUAAUCGUCAUUAGGAUUUCAAAAAAAUUAAAAAAUAAAUGGCUUGGUGAAUCCUGCAGUGGAGAAAUAAAACUUUUGUGCAAAUUUCAGUCUUAGCAGGCAUUUUUCCAAUGUGAGAUAUUUCACACAUUAAAAUGUCCAAAUUCACAUCAUUCGACAUAAGUAAUUGAUCGCUGUAAACAGUAUCAUCCUUCUGCAGCUAUUUACACCUACGAUAUAAGACUUCUCACUUUCCAUAUUAAUUUUUACUAUUUUAUAUAUUUAUCAUUUUGAUGUAACUUAUAUUCCGUAUAAUAUUAUAGUUCUAGUAGAUAAUGCAUCAUAAAUAUUGUAUAGUGUUUUUAUUUGUAUAACUUGUAUGUUUGAGAAUAAAGUGCAAUAGUAGAUGAUAAAAAAUUA